AUGGCUGCUUCUGGGCGUCCCGUCAAGAAUCUCCGUGAUGAAGCCACUUGCUCCAUCUGCCUGGAUUACUUCAAGGAUCCAGUGACCAUCCCAGAGUGUGGGCACAACUUCUGCCGAUCCUGCUUGAUCCAGUGCUGGGGGGAAUCGGAGGCAGAGGCUUCCUGCCCUCAGUGCAGAAAAACAGUCCAGAGAAGGAGCCUCAUCCCCAACCGGCAACUGGCUAAUAUGGUGGAAAUAGCGAAGACUCUCAGCCUUCAAGAGGGGAAGGAGGAAGGAGGGAAAGGAGGAGUCUGCGAGAAGCACCAGGAGCCCCUGAAGCUCUUCUGCAAGGAGGAUGAAGCCCCCAUCUGCGUGGUGUGUGACAGAUCCAAGGAGCACAAACAUCACGAAGUGAUUCCUCUGGAGGAGGUUUUCGAGGAAUACAAGGUAGGAGAUUCCUGGAUUUGAGGGGAGAAAUAGCUGUGGAUUCUUCUUGGGAGGUUUCCUUUUUACUUCUCAGCUCCAAAGUAGGCAUGGCAUGAAUUGGUGGUGGUUUAUUAUGUAAAAAGCAGCCCAGGGGGAGCCUGAGGGCUCCUGGGAUGGCUGGGAGGAGGGAGUUGAAGUCCUUCUCUCUUCCAGGGGGACAAAGGGAUCUCCCUUGAUCAAUGGCAAAUAAACUUGAUGAAUGGAGGCUUCAUGUAGGAGUGGAGGAAGACAUCCGGAAUUGUUGUGUGCUGAUACUCACAGAGACAUGGUUAAAUUCAGCUAUUCCAGACACAGCUGUUGAAUUACAAGGUUUUACAAUGUGGGGACAGGAAAGUGGGGACAGGACACAGGAUUCUGGCAAGAAACAAGGGGUGUGUGUGUGUGUGUGUGGGUGUGUGGGUGUGUGUAUUUUUAUAAAUCAAAACUGGUGUAGGGACUCAAGUUGGAUACCUGCUGUUCUCCAGAUGUGGAAUUUCUGACAAUUAAAUGCAGACCUUUCUAUCUUCCCCGGGAAUUUACAACAGUGGUGUUAACAGCGGUGUACAUAGCACCAACUGCAAAUGCAUGCAGGGCCAUGAGUAGUAUGCAUGAGAACAUCAAUGCUAAAUUGAGCAGAUACCCGGAGGCUGUGCACAUUAUUGCGGGGGACUUCAAUCACACAGAUGUGAGGGCAAUACUCCCAAAAUCCCAUCAGCACAUUGAGUGUGCAACAAGGGGAGAAAAUACUCUUGACAAGGUGUAUACGAACAUUAGACGGGCAUAUGAGGUCAAGACCACGGCGCACCUCGGUGGUUCAGAUCAUGUGUCCCUGCUUCUGACACCAGUAUACACACCCCUCAGGGUACAAGGCCAGAUACAAACACGGGUGGUUACGGUGUGGCCUGAGGGAGCCUCUCAGCAACUGCAGGACUGUUUCCAGGAGACCGACUGGAAUAUGUUCGACCAUCAAGAUCUAGAAACUUAUACAUCAACGGUCCUGGAUUAUAUUAGAUUCUGCACAGCAAAUGUCACCAGGCAAAAGUAUGUUAAGUUGUAUCCGAAUAGGAAGCCCUGGAUGACAGGAGAGGUUAGGAGAUUAUUGAAGGCCAGAAAUUCUGUUUUUAGAACUGGGGACCGGAUAUUGUAUGGUAUAGAAAGAGCGAACUUGAAGAGGGGUAUCAGGAAAGCAAAAGCGGAGUACAGAGGAAAAAUUGAGGACCAUCUGAGAAAUCAUGAUACUAGACAAAUGUGGCAGGGAGUCCAACAUCUGACUGGUUAUAAAUCAAGGAAUUCAUCAGUGGUAGAGAGUACUGCUUCCUUGGUGGGAGAGUUGAAUACCUUCUUUGCCCGAUUUGAGGUCUGACAUCAAUACCAGUUUGACAUCAAUACCAGGGAAGAUUCUGGAGCAGAUCAUUAAGCAAACAGUCUGUGAGCACCUAGAAAGGAAUGCUGUGAUCACCAAUAGUCAGCAUGGAUUUCUGAAAAAUAAGUCAUGUCAGACUAACCUGAUCUCGUUUUUGACAGAAUUACAACCCUGGUAGAUAAAGGAACGCAGUGGAUGUAGCCUACCUUGAUUUCAGCAAGGCAUUUGACAAGGUGCCCCAUGAUAUUCUUGUAAAGAAGCUGGUAAAAUGCGGUCUUGACUAUGCUACCACUCAGUGGAUUUGUAACUGGCUGACUGACCGAACCCAAAGGGUGCUCAUCAAUGGUUCCUCUUCAUCCUGGAGAAGAGUGACUAGUGGGGUGCCACAGGGUUCUGUCUUGGACCCGGUCUUAUUCAACAUCUUUAUCAACGACUUGGAUGAUGGACUCAAGGGCAUCCUGAUCAAAUUUGCAGAUGACACCAAACUGGGAGGGGUGGCUAACACCCCAGAGGACAGGAUCACACUUCAAAACGACCUUGACAGAUUAGAGAACUGGGUCAAAAAAAAAAAGAUGAAUGUUAACAGGGAGAAAUGUAAAGUAUUGCACUUGGGCAAAAAAAAUGAGAGGCACAAAUACAAGAUGGGGGACACCUGGCUUGAGAGCAGUACAUGUGCAAAGGAUCUAGGAGUCUUGGUUGACCACAAACUUGACAUGAGCCAACAGUGUGACGCGGCAGCUAAAAAUGCCAAUGCAAUUCUGGGCUGCAUCAAUAGGAGUAUAGCAUCUAGAUCAAGGGAAGUAAUAGUGCCACUGUAUUCUGCUCUGGUCAGACCUCACCUGGAGUACUGUGUCCAGUUCUGGGCACCACAGUUCAAGAAGGACACUGACAAACUGGAACGUGUCCAGAGGAGGGCAACCAAAAUGGUCAAAGGCCUGGAAACGAUGCCUUAUGAGGAACGGCUAAGGUCGAGCUGGGCAUGUUUAGCCUGGAGAAGAAGAGGUUAAGGGGUGAUAUGAUAGCCAUGUUCAAAUAUAUAAAAGGAUGUCACAUAGAGGAGGGAGAAAGGUUGUUUUCUGCUGCUCCAGAGAAGCGGACACGGAGCAAUGGAUCCAAACUACAAGAAAGAAGAUUCCACCUAAACAUUAGGAAGAACUUCCUGACAGUAAGAGCUGUUCGACAGUGGAAUUUGCUGCCAAGGAGUGUGGUGGAGUCUCCUUCUUUGGAGGUCUUUAAGCGGAGGUCUUGACAACCAUAUGUCAGGAGUGCUCUGAUGGUGUUUCCUGCUUGGCAGGGGGUUGGACUCGAUGGCCCUUGUGGUCUCUUCCAACUCUAUGAUUCUAUGAGGUGACACCAACAGUGACUCCAACAGGGAUGCCAGAGCUAUUGGCAUCACUAGCUACAGGAAAUGCUGCCAGGGUGGAAGAGGGAGAAGUGAGGCGAAUAUUAAAGGAGGUAAACACGAGGAAGGCUAUGGGCCCGGAUGAGGUGGCUGGCAGGGUGCUAAGAGAUUGUUCGGACCAACUGGCAGGAAUCUUUACAAAGAUUUUUAACCAGUCUCUGGCCCAAGCCACUGUUCCACCCUGUCUGGAAUCCGCUACCAUUAUACCCCUGCCAAAAACAUCAAAGAUAAGACAGUCUGAAUGAUUUUCACCCUGUGGCGCUGACACCCAUUAUAAUGAAAUGUUUCGAAAAACUGGUGAGGGACCGCAUCUUAUCUUGUCUGCCAGUGGGACUUGACCCUUACCAGUUUGCGUACAAGGCAAAGAGAUCCACAGAGGAUGCUGUGGCAAUGGCUUUACAUGCUGUCCUGACUCAUUUGGAGAAGCAAGGGAACUACGCGAGACUGUUAUUUGUAGACUUUAGUUCUGCAUUUCAUACUAUUCUUCUGCAUAGAUUGGUGCCCAAAUUAUUAGACCUGGGACUUCCACCAUGUUUGUGCAGGUGGAUAUUAGAUUUUCUAUCAAACCGUUCCCAAAGGGUCAGGUUGGGUUCCCACGUCACUGCGGAUCUCAUCACGAACAUGGGGACGCUGCAGGGGUGCGUGUUGAGCCCGCUUUUAUAUAUGCUCUAUACAGCUAACUGUGCCCCCAGAUACCCCGGUAAUAAGAUCAUUAAGUUCGCAGACGAUACAACGGUGGUUGGUUUAAUCAUGGCUGGAGAGGGGGAGGCGGCCUAUAGGAAGGAAGUUGAGCAGUUGGGGGAGUGGUGCAGGAAAAACAACUUACUCCUUAACUUAAAGAAAACAAAAGAGAUCAUUGUGGACUUUAGGAAAUGUAAACUGAAUAUUCAGCCACUUAUUAUUGAGGGGAAGUGCGUGGAACAGGUCUCGGUGUUUCGAUUUCUGGGAAUGUAGUUGAGAGACAACCUAACCUGGGGAGGAAACAGCAAAGACCUGGUGAAGAGAGCACAGCAGAGGUUAUAUUUUCUGAGAAUCCUCCGGAAAAACAAUCUCUCAAAGGACCUGUUGAUGGCAUUUUACCAUUGCACUGUGGAGAGCGUACUAACUUAUGGUCUGUGCGUGUGGUUUGGGAGCUGCACAGCCAGGGAAAAAACAAUGCUAUCCAGGGUUGUAAGGACUGCAGAGAGAAUAAUUGGGUGCACUCUUCCCACCUUUGAUCAAAUCUAUGCUGCCAGGUGCCAUAAGAAAGCGGCAGAGAUAGCACAGGAUAGUACGAAAUGAUCUCUUUCAGCUUCUGCCUUCUGGAAGAAGGUAUAGGGUUAUAAAGGCCAGGACUAGCCGCCUGAGAAACAGUUUCUAUCCAAAUGCAAUUCUGGUUCUAAACGCAGCAUAAGGGGUCUCUGUAGUAUAGUGUAUUUUAAAAUGGGGUUUUAGAGUUUUUAGGGGGUUUUGAAUGUUUUGUGUAGUUUUGUGGUAGUUUUAUGUAGUUUUGUGGUAGUUUUAUGUAGUUUUUAUGUAGUUUUAUGUAGUUUUUCAAUUUCAUUGUUCUGCAUGGGACAAUGACAAUAAAGAUAUCGUAAUCGUAAUCGUAAUCCCUUGAUAUCCCUGAGUAGCAUCUGCAAAGACUAGGUAGAAGUCUGUAAGCAAGGGGUGACCUAACUGGGUCCCUGAGCCCCACGGGGCUGGCACAGAAAAAAGGUAGCUGGUCCAGGGAGUCCUGGAAACAAAAAGGUUGAAAACCUCUGGACUUUUAUUUCCUUCAGUAAACUACUCUGCUAUUAUAGCAAGGCCAGUGGGCGCAAGAAGCCAGCAUACUAUUCACCUCCUCUCUGUGUGUCUCAAUCAAACCUGAGUUUUCCCUUUUCUCUUUAGGAAGAGAUCUGUCGCCGCCUGGAGAUUCUGAGGAAAGAGAGAGAGGAAAUUCUGGCCCAUCAAGCAGCCCUGGACAAGGAAUGCAAAGACCUCCUUGUAAGUGUCUCUGUUGUUACUAGUGAGGGAACAAGCACUUGAAGAGUCGAGUCAGGACAGAGGAGGGAUGGGGAAAUCUGCCCAUUUCAGCUUCUCCCCAUUUCUCAUUUCUCCAUAUCAGUUUGUUUAUUAAUUUAUUAUUCUGAAAAUGAAUCAGAUGUUAUUGUAGCUACCUCCUUACAUUAAUAUUCUGAUCUGUAGUUUACCCCCAUAAAUAUAUAUUUUUUGUGAAUAUUACCUGGAUUGGUCAACAUUGAAAAUAUCAGAGGUGUGAAUUUCAAAGGAUUGCUCUGUUUUGGUCUCUAUAUUUUUUCAGCAAUAGCAAAUUAGGUAAGUUCACCUUUGAAUGCCACUAAAUUGAGUUUAUUUCCCCUUGUCAUUUAUUAUGUGAAUAGCAGUGAAGGAGAAGCCUGAGGACUUGUGAGCUGAAAGGGUGGAAGCAAUUCAAUCCAAAUCCUGAUUUACCAUAAAUAUUACUAAAGAAUUGUCCUUCUAAAUGUGCACUCUUGUUCAAUUUUAGGAAACUCGGGCCAUUUUGAACCUUUAAAGAAAACGGGGGAGCUAUGGGGAUGAACUCUGCACUUUGUCCUCCUCUGUUUCUGCUGCAUUCCUACACCUAAAUGGCCCCAGUCUAAACUGAGGGGUGUGUUAUGUCCAUGGAUGAACUCGGUUAUGCCAUGCCCCAAAACAUGCAGGGAACAUCCGUGGCUAGAAAAAAAGCUCCUUGCUUUAGGCUGUACCUCUCUGUGAAAUAGAUAUCAACAGAAACAGCAAUGGAGAGGGCUUCCCCUCAAAAUAUAGGUUUACUUCUUUAGCCGCUGGAGGUUUCAUGUCUCUGAAAAAUCAGAAGUGUCCUCCCUGUGGAAUUCUCACAAUUCUCUUCCUGAUGUUUUGAAGGCUGAGCACCUUCCACACUCAGACCUCCUCUUUUCUUGCAGAAAUUAACAGAAAGGGAGAGGCUGAAGACUGUGGAUAAGUUCAGGGAACUGCGACAGUUCCUGAAAGAACAAGAGAAACAUCUGCUGAAUGAUGUGAAAGAGGUGGAGAAGGAGAUUGCAGGGAGAAGGGAUGAGCAGCUGGCCAGACUCUCCAGGAAACUCUCCUCUCUUGAGAGGAUCAUCCAGGAGAUGGAGGAGAAGCGUCAGCAGGCAGCAAGUGAACUCCUGCAGGUAAGAUGGUGGCAGGAACAACCAGAGGAUCCAGGAAAAGGCUGCCUCCAAUCCUUUAUGUGCCCCUUUCAUGUAUGCAAGGAGUGCAGGGGCUGAGAUGAAGGAGCCUCUGGUCAGGUUGUAAUGGACAGGAACACCUGAGAGACCUGAGAUGCUUAACUCACUUGAAUGCAGACUAGAGAUUCAUCUGUGUUCUUGAUGGAACGGGAGCUGAUCUUCUGCUCUUUGCUGAUGCUUUGUCUCCGAAUGGCUUUCAGCUGUGGGGGGCUUUGUCUAGGAUGCGUUCAGGCCUCCUUCCGACAUGAGCCAGUCUCUUGACCAAGCUUCUCUUCCCGUUUCCUCCACAACUUCUGGGUUGAUCCCAUUCCCCAUGGAUACAGAUCGGCUCAAGAGCAAGACAGAGGGACUCAUCCAGACUGCUGCUUGUCCCACCCCUUUCCUCCAGGAAAACCCACUGUUUACUGCUGAAUUAGAGCAAACAUCAGCCUCGUUUUCUCUGCAUUGACGUUUGCUUUGAUGUUGCACCAAGGAGCAGGUUUCUCCUGAGGGAAAGCGGCAGGGCAAAGACAAAACCACUUGGACCUGUGUUUUCUGGGCACAGGAAAAGCAGAAGUGUGGAUGAGCCCAAAGAAACACUGAGCUGUUUUAUUACCCCUUUGGAGGCAUUUUAUGCUGCAGGUGCUUUUUAAAAUUUCCAAUUGAAAAGUAGAAUUUGAAAUUUGGGGACUUCUAUGAAAGACAAUUUGGAACAGUUCCCUGGUAAGAUUAUCCUGUAGUCUUACUUCCGUCUGAAUUGCGCAAUGCAAACUGGAUUUAAUAAAUUAUAAUCUAAGACAUGAGAUGGGUUGAAAUCUCCACAAAUGUGAAAUUUCCCUAAAAUGCCGGUGGGUUUUCAUAAGGAUUUUAAACAAAAAUGGCAAACUGAUGUGGAAAUGUGGAGAUCUUGAAAUCAGAACAGUUAAUAAUUUCACACUGGAAAAAUAAAAGCUGUGAGAAACCAAAACUAGCUGAUUCCGCCAUCCCUACCCAAAACCUUGGCAUGUGCCAGGCAGACUGACAUCCGAGGGGCAGGGUCUGAGGGGGUCUUCCUAGUGUGGCCUGUGGUGUGCAGUGAAUUCCCUUCUCUUUUCCCUCUAGGAUGUGAGAAGGACCUUGCAGAGGUAAGUGGAUCCUGCUCAUUUCCAUUAGCAUCACUCUUUGAAGCUGAGAUGCCAGAACCUCAGACAUGGCCCUCCAGGGGCUGCAGGGGGGAGACUGUGGAACUCACUCUCUGCAGCACCUCACAGGUAAAAGCAGGGCCCCCUCUUUGGAACUUGUAGCACCCCAAUUCUCCCCAAUGAAUUAGCACCAUUUCCUUUGUGAGGUUUGGUUUUACUUUUACAAUGUGUAUAAUUUGUUUUGUUUUGGUCUGAAUGUACUUUAGAUGAAUCAGUUGAUUUGGUUGUCCACCUGUGGAAGUUCUGUCUCAACUUCUGCAACCAUCUGAUUCUAGAGCAGAGGUUAUCUAAUAUAUCAAAGCAAGAGAUCCCCAAACUCCAGAAACAAAUAUUCUGAGUAUACUCAAGUGUCACUAAGAGAAGGCUGUGUUACUGGCACACACAACAAGGCCAAUUAUAUUCCUGGGAGCAACUAUUGCCUUAGUUCAGGGGUGUCCAACAGGUCGAUCGCGAUCCUUUUAGUAUUCCUUUUAGAUCCCCCCAAAAGGUCAACAACUUUGGCCAACCCUCCCCCCUAAAAACUCAACAACUCCUGGCAAUGACAAUGGGUAGAUCACAUCACAGUCAGUUUUUUUUUUAAAUUUUAAUAAUUUUAUUAAAUACAAAAUAGAAAAAAAGAAAUAAAGAAAAUACAUGUAACCAAAGGAAAGUUAGAAAAUAUAAAGAAUACAAAUAUUUUACCUCUUCACAUGCAUAUAGUUAUUUACACAUCUGUAAAGCAAUGUUCUCGAAAAAAUGAAAGAUGAAAUAUAAGAGAAAAAGAAAAGAAAAAGAAAGUCAAAAUGAAGAUUUUAAAAAUAGAUAAGUAUUCACUAUACACUAUACACUAUAUUGUGUAUAAAGAUAUAUUGGGAUAUCUUUAUCCAAAAUUCCUAGUAGAUAUGCCUCUGCCUUUUUAUUAUGUGACGUCUUUAUUAAUUUUUUUAUCUCGUCGUGGAUCAUGUCCCAAAAGAUUUUAAUCUUUGGGCAAGUCCACCACAUGUGGUAUAACGUGCCUUUUGUCCUGUUACAUCUCCAGCAUUUGUUGUUGUUCGUUUUAUUCAUUUUUGACAGUCUAUCUGGGGUUAGGUACCAUCUGUGAUGUAUUUUCCUAUAAUUCUCCCUUAAUAGAACACAUGCUGUAAAGUUUAUAUUUUUCUCCCAAAAGGUUUUCCAACUUUCCAAAUCAAUCUCAUAGUCCAAAUCGUGCUCCCAUUUUAACCUAUUUUCCCCUUUAGUCUCUUGUUCUAAGGAAACUUUCCCUAAUAAUCUAUGCAUAUUUGCAAGUAUUUUUUGGUCACUUUGCAAUACUUCUUUUUCAAAUUUUGAAGUUUUUUUUUCAAAUCCCCUCAUUUUUAUAUCCCUUUCGUAUGUUACUUUCAAUUGGUAAUAUUGUAGCCAAUUUAUUCCAAAUGUUUGUGAUUCUUCAUAGGUUUUUAAUUUGAUGUUUCCGUCUAUAUCUUCUAGUAGGUCUCUAUAUGUUGGCCAAAUCUCUUUAAUGUUGUGUUUGCCUCUAUAGGGGAAACCCACUAUGGAGUUUUCUCGAUAACUUUUUCUUUUGUUCUUUCCCAAACAUCAAAAAGGGCCUUUCUUACUAGAUGAUUUGUAAAUCUUUUGUGAUGUUCUUUCUUACCGUAGAAUAAGUAACCAUGCCAGCCAUAUAUUUUGUCCCAACCUUCUAACGUCAGGACCUCAUUACUGUAUCUUUUAGUAAUAUCCAUUUUUUUAUCCAACACCAACAUGCUGCUUCAAAGUACUUUUUUAAAAUUGGCACUGCGAAUCCUCCGCUUUUUUUUGGGCCCGUCAUUACUUCUGAUUUUAUUUUUGCUUUUUCCCCCUGCCAUAUAAAAUCUGCAAGAUCUCGUUGCCAGCUUAUAAAGUAUUUGGUUCCUAUUAUAAUUGGAACCCUCUGGAAUAAAAAUAAAAUUUUUGGAAGUAUCACCAUUUUAAUCAUAGAUAUUCUUCCUCCUAGUGAUAGUUUUAUUUUUUUCAAUUUUUCCAGAUUUCCUUUCAUUUCUUUCCAUUUUUAACAUAAUUAUCUUUGAAUAAAUUUGUAUUUUUAUUUGUAAUCCAUAUCCCUAGAUAGUUCACUUUAUUUUCUACUUUUAAUCCUGUUGUUUCCUCCAAUUCCUUUUUUUCUUUCUCACCCAUAUUUUUUGUUAUUAAUUUUGAUUUGUCUUUGUUCAAUUUAAAUCCUGAUACAUCGCCAAAUUCUUUCAUUCUUUCUAGUGCUUUUUUUUAAAAUGAUGUUUAUUGAAAUUUUAAAAAAUACAAAGCUUACACAAAAACAAAAAAUAAAAAAUACAAAAGCUUACACAAAAAAAUAUACAAAAAAUAGAAAUAAAAAUAUGAGAAAAUAGAAGAUACAGAAGAAAAAUAAAAGAAAACAGAACAAAUUCAUUAUUUUCAGAACCUUAACUGUCAUUACCUUCUUUCUUAGACGUCCUACUCCUCCCUUCCUUUGUAUUCUAGUUAUUAAUUAUCCCAGCAAAUCCUUUCCUUUCCAUAUUUCAAAAAAAAAAAAACAUAAAAGAAAUUCUCAACUAAUUUAAUCCUAUCUUUCUAUAAUAAAAUAAACCUUAAAGUUUAAAAUUUAAGUCUUAACUUUACCAUCUUCUUGUGUUCAUAAUGUUCUUUCAUAAUUCUUUAUGCAUCUUUACUAAAGCCAGGUAGUUUCUUCCAACAUUUUUCUAUCAUUCAUUUUUCUAUCAUUCUAUCAUUCAUCAACUUUAUAAAACAUUCUAUUAGUUUUAAAAAAAGAGAAAAAAGCAUAUAAACAAGUCCAAUCUUUAUCCAACGUCCCUUCCUCCUGGUUCCGGGAUUUGUCAGUCCUUAUUCCUCAAUCUAACCCGGUGACCUUAUGUCCGAGGCCCUCAGGUCACUUCCAUGGCCCUUCCGCGGCUUUUCUUCAUAUUUGUGGCUGUAGUCACUCGCUCGUGAUAACUCCAACUUAGUAGUGUUUUUAGCCCUUCUCAUCAGAUCAGACCCUUUUCCAUAUUCAUCGCUGCAUUCCAUGUAGUAUUUAAGAGCAUGCUUCAAGGACCCUCCGAAAUUGUGGGCCCCCACAAUUCCAAACAUAUCGCAACCUGUUACUGUAUUUAAAAAGUCCAGAUAUCCCGACAUAGGGGGUUCAAUCCAGCCCCCAUUUCCAAACCACACCGAACUUUCCCUUCCCAGAUCUGGGGUUUUCCAAGUUCCUUUGUCAAAUCCGAAGGAUCAAACUCCUGUUGGGACUGUUCUGUCAAGACACACUCCUGAUUUAAUGCCACAAACCCCUGUUCUGUCAAAACACACUCCUGGUUUGAGUCCUGGAUAGACUCCACAUAUAUUCCCACAGUCUGGUCAAGACCUUCCACUGCCUGUCUAAGAUUUCCAGUCGAAUUGGCCAUCUGGUUCACCUUAUCAUGUAAUUCUUCCAGUAGAGUAUUUGUUUUAUUAAGCAGGCACACCACAACUUCUGAAAACAUUGUCACACUUUCCCACGGUUAUUUUGUAGCAACUGUCAAGUCCUUGGAAUUAGUUACAGUUUCAAAGGCUCCCCCUAGGGGGAAGACUUAUAUUUGUUUUUGCUACAUUUCCAAAAUACUUGAAAUACUUUGUCCAUAUAUAUUCCUUUAAAAUGCGAAAGGGAACAGUAAAGUAACAAAGAUUCUCUUCUUUUAGCUAUCUGUCACACACAGUUAUCUUGAUAAAUUCACGUCAGUCCUGACUUCCCCGCUCCAGGAUCAGGACGAAAAUAACUUCCUUUUACUACUUCAAGUAGUCCAAAAAAAUAUUCCCAAUUUAGAAUGUUGGAAUCCACUCUUUUAAAAGCGAUUUUCAAAGCUCUAGUGUAAAUUGCCUUUGCUUUGUUCUAUUUACAAAAGAACGGAAGGGUGACUUCCUGUUUAGCCCUUCCCGCUCCGUACCAAAUUCAAUGGAUUUUUUUCUUCUUUUUUUUUUUAUAGUCCAAUUCUGUCCUCACAAAUCUUCAUUUACUGUCCCAUUUGUUCAAAUUCUAAGUACUCACGGGUAUUUGUUUUAAAGUCCGAAUUGUCCAGGAAAAAAAGGCAGCGCUCUCCGGCAACAGCUACGCGGCUUCACUCCACAAAAGAAGCAGACGACUCGCAGCACAGCGCCACUUCCCCGCUCUGUUCCGGAGCCCGUUGCCGGGUUCCUUUGCAGAUUGGGGGGGCGCAAACAGUGCCCGCCGAGUCCCAGGGUCACAGGCUUCACCCGCCUGUGAUUUAAAGGGUCCCCGCUGUGCCGAAGCGGUGUUAGACCCAAUUUCUGUGGAGCAGAUUCCCUCCGAAUUAGAGGGAAUCCGCCAUUGCCGUUGGCGCCACCUCCGGAAGUCUCAUUCUUUCUAGUGCUUUUUUAAUACUUUCUUUUGGUGUUUCGGUUGUUAUAAUCACGUCAUCUGCGAACGCUCUUACUUUAUAACACUGUGUGUCAAAACUUAUACCUUUUAUUUCUUCAACCUUCCUUAAAGCUAUUAGUAGAGUUCCCAAUAUUGUUAUAAAUAGAAGUGGAGAUAAAGGGCAUCCCUGUCGUGUCCCUCUCUCAAUGUCAAAUUCUUCUGUGAUUUUGUUGUUUAUGAUUAAUUUAGCUCUUCGUUUUUUUAUAAAUUGCUUGAAUUCCAUUCAUAAUUCAUUUUCGUAGUUUUAAACUUUCACAGGUUUUAAUCAUAAAUUUCCAUGAGACACUGUCAAUUGCCUUUUUGACAUCUACCAGUAGCAUUGAGAUUUGUUUACAUGGAUUCAUGUCGGCGUAUUCUAAUAGAUCUAUAAUUAUUCUGUUGUUGUUGUUUAGUCAUUUAGUCGUGUCCGACUCUUCGUGACCCCAUGGACCAGAGCACGCCAGUUACUCCUGUCUUCCACUGCCUCCUGCAGUUUGGUCAAACUCAUGCUGGUAGCUUCGAGAACACUGUCCAACCAUCUCGUCCUCUGUCGUCCCCUUCUCCCUGUGCCCUCCAUCUUUCCCAGCAUCAGCGUCUUUUCCAGGGAGUCUUCUCUUCUCAUGAGGGGCCAAAGUAUUGGAGCCUCAGCUUCACGAUCUGUCCUUCCUGUGAGCACUCAGGGCUGACUUCCUUAAGAAUGGAUGCGUUUGAUCUUCUUGCACUCCAUGGGACUCUCAAGAGUCUCCUCCAGCACCAUAAUUCAAAAGCAUCAAUUCUUCGGCGAUCAGCCUUCUUUAUGGUCCAGCUCUCACUUCCAUACAUCACUACCGGGAAAACCAUGGCUUUAACUAUACGGACCUUUGUUGGCAAGGUGAUGUCUCUGCUUUUUAAGAUGCUGUCUAGGUUUGCCAUCACCUUUCUCCCAAGGAGCAGGCGUCUUUUCAUUUCGUGACUGCUGUCACCAUCUGUAGUGAUCAUGGAGCCCAAGAAAGUAAAAUCUCUCACUGCCUCCAUUUCUUCCCCUUCUAUUUGCCAGGAAGUGAUGGGACCAGUGGCCAUGAUCUUCGUUUUUUUGAUGUUGAGCUUCAGACCAUAUUUCCGCUCUCCUCUUUCACCCUCAAUAAAAGGUUCUUUAAUUCCUCCUCACUUUCUGCCAUCAAGGUUGUGUCAUCUGCAUAUCUGAGGUUGUUGAUAUUUCUUCCGGCGAUCUUAAUUCCGGCUUGGGAUUCAUCCAGCCCAGCCUUUCGCAUGAUGAAUUCUGCAUAUAAGUUAAAUAAGCAGGGAGACAAUAUACAGCCUUGCCGUACUCCUUUCCCAAUUUUGAACCAGUCAGUUGUUCCAUAUCCAGUUCUAACUGUAGCUUCUUGUCCCACAUAGAGAUUUCUCAGGAGACAGAUGAGGUGAUCAGGCACUCCCAUUUCUUUAAGAACUUGCCAUAGUUUGCUGUGGUCGACACAGUCAAAGACUUUUGCAUAGUAAAUGAAGCAGAAGUAGAUGUCUUUCAGGAACUCUCUAGCUUUCUCAAUAAUCCAGCUCAUGUUUGCAAUUUGGUCUCUGGUUCCUCUGCCCCUUCGAAAUCCAGCUUGCACUUCUGGGAGUUAUUAUUCUAGUAUUGUCCUUUAUUUAUCUGGCUGGCAAAAAUCCUGUCUGAUCUUUUUAAAUUAUAAAUAUUGCAUCAAUUUGUCCCCCAGAUUUUUUUGCCUCCGAGUAAUGGGUUAUGUCUUUUACACUUGGGUUUUUUGUUCUCCAGGCAUCAUAUAGGUUAAAGUUCUCAGUUAAAUGGAAAAAAGAAAGUGGUAAUCUACCUGAACUUGACAUUCUUUCAGUUUUGGGUUCUAUCCAUUUCGAUCGUCACCCCAUUUAAAUCUCCCAUAAUCACAAUAUUUUCAUCCACAUAGUCCCAUAAUCUCUCUUCCAAGUUUCUAAAAAAAUCAUCUUUUUUACUGUUCAGAGCAUAUAUUCCCACCACUAUGACAGUGGUGGGACCACUGUGAUAGUGAUCACAAUCGGUCUUUUCAUACUGUGAGUAGAUCGCAGUCUCUUUGGAGUUGGACGUGUCUGCCUUCGUUGUUUCCUUCUAGACUGACCAGUAUAGUCACUCUGCCAGCCCCCCACCCUGUCCCAAGCAAACUCCUGCCCCAUAGAGCCCCUUGGGAGGGGGCGAUUUCUCACCAAGGAGCAGGAAUUGGCUAUUUUCUUGACCAUAUUCCGGCUGCAGUAUUUCAAUUCAAGGUGUCACUCAGGUUCAGAGUAGAGGUUUAAAGGAACAUUUCUUGUUUCCCAACAGAAGUGCAUCUCUUUUUCUUCCUCACCCCUUCUCUGGGACAUCUAGAGAAAGGAAAUGUGUGCUGUGCUGUCAUCACCCUCAGACAAUUCCUGCCCCUUGAUACCAAAUGAUUCUGCUUCUUCUUUGAAUUGACAUCAGUGGGGAGACUCAGAGGCCUGGGGUUGCUGUUUUGGUCCUUGGGGGUCUAGCUGAAGAGUCCGUAGUGAGGAAGAAACUCCCCACUCAGUGCCUGCCUGUCCCUCUAGGCCUCCCACAGCCGGCUUCCUCCUCUCAAUUCCUUUCUUUCCUUUAACAGAAAUUGUGGGUUUGAAUGUGCUGACAUUGUUUUUCUUUUCAUCAGGUAUGAGAAAAGAGAAAGUCCAGAGAAGCCACUGCCUUUCCCUCCAGAACUGAGGAACAGGAUCUUGGAAUCCUGUGAUGUAAAUGGCCUUGUGGAGGAUGCAAUGAAACAAUGGAAAGGUAAUGAAAAUUGGCUGCCAGGAUUUCACACUCGGAAUUCUAUUAUUUCUUCAGAACUGAGCAUGCCAGGCUCUUAUUGCAUGGAAUUGAGUAACCCCAGGAUACCUUCCUUCUUGGUGCUCCAGCCUUCAUUUCCUGUCUCCCAGAACGGCCCAUGUAUAUUGUGACGCUGGAUCCUGUAAAGAAAGCCUGAACCAGAGUGUAUCUGCUUUCAAUUAUACGGAACCUCUUUUUCCUUUUGGUUAGCCAUCUACACAAUCUGGGGUUGUCCUUUUGGAGGUUCUCCUGCUCUGAAUGGAGUCAAUUCAAGGAUGCCACGUUAUGAAGUGUUACUUUUGUAUGGAGAUUUAUUUCUGGUGGAAGAGUGUUGCCCUUACGCUUUAUAUCUUUUUGCUUCCUCAGAUGCUGUGUUAUGCAGAAAACAGAUUCAGAAAGGUAAGUUUCUGAAUUGUUCAAAUCGUUCUAGGGGAGGAACAAUUUGACAGGUGGGAUGGGAACUGAUAUUUCAUGGCUGUUGAACUGUCUGUUCUGCAGACUUUGGGACCCCCUUCAGUGGCGUCACUCUGGGAAACAGUCUUCUAGUGGUGUUUGGGUUCUUUCUGUGUCCCAUGAACGAACUGGGAAGGGUUUGAAGGCUUGGAUUGGGGGAAGGACUUGUCCCUGCAAACAACCUGCACACCAGUUGUCAGUUCCUUUCCUGCCUAUAGACUAGUAUCCUGGGUACACCCUCGAUUUUAUAGAUUUUGCUUUCCCCCCUAAAAUCUAUAUACUGCUUGUUUGUAGGGAAAAGCCUCAGAGCCUUACAAUAUCUUACAAAAGCCCUUAAGGAGAAUCCUGCAGGGUCAGUCCAAUGUCCGUUUUGUCCAGUUCUCAUGUAUAAGGAAUCUCCCUUGCAUUUUGUUUUCCCUCCACACAAUCUGGAGAGGUUAUUUUGGGGCUUCUCUAGAUUUGCUUGGAUUUCCCCCUCGUGAAGUGUGUUAAAAGGGGCACCCGCAAGCACCCAGUCCCUCCUCCACCUCCUGCCAGGCUGGUCUCCCAGCAGCAGAGCAAGGCCUGAGCCGCCUCUUCCUCAGAGUUUCAACCUCACCAGCCAUUUCUCGUGCUUCAGCCAUCCCCAUCUCCUCAGAGUUCCCACAGUUCUUAUGAGAUCGGCCCCAGAGAUGGCGCCCCCGGGUUUCUCCGUCCUCCACCAGUUGCGGACUGUGGGCCGGGGGGGAGGGGUGGCAUUAUUAAUCCGGGAAGAUUGUUCUUUCAGGGCUCUACCAUCGCCAUCGAUCCCCGGCAUUGAAUGUGUUGGCCUAGUGUGGGGCUCCGAGGUGAGCUUGGCUGUCUGGCUGGUGUACCGGCCACCUAGCGCACCAGCAGCCACCCUGUCAGGCCUGCUGGAGGCGGUGGCCGGCUGGGCCUUGGAGUUCCCUAACCUAUUGGUAUUGGGGGACUUUAACAUCCAUGCUGAUGCCACUCCCUCCUCACAGGCCCUGGACCUGGUGUCUUCCAUGGCGACACUAGGGCUCUCCCAGUUUGUUUCAGACCCCACACAUCAAGCAGGCCACACGCUGGAUUUGAUCUUUGGCGUAGGUAUAGAUGUGAUCAUGUCUUCUUCGAUGAAGGUGCCAUGGUCUGAUCACUACGCUCUGAAAGCCAGGAUUGACUUUCCACCCCUUCCCUGCUUAGGUGGCAAGCCGAUUUGGGCUCGCCCGCGGAGGCUGAUGGACCCUGAUAGAUUCCACCAAGCCUUGCGGGACCUUGCUCCCCCUGGCAACUCAUUGAAUGAGCUUGUUGAGGGCUGGAAUACCCAGCUCCUGGCAGCCAUCGAUGAGAUCGCACCUAAGCGCCCUCUGCGACCCUGCAGAAACCGGGCUCCCUGGUUUACCAAGGAGCUCUGGAAAAUGAAGCGGGACCUCAGACGGCUAGAGCGAGUAUGGCGGGGUGCCCAUGACGGAGCCUCAAGAACAUCUUAUAGGGUUUUUAUGAAAACCUACGAGAUGGCAGUGAAGGCCGCUAAGAAGUUUUACUUCUCGGCCUCCAUUGCAUCCGCUAGCUCUCGCCCGGCGCAAUUAUUUAGUAUAAUUAGGUCUUUAACAUCCCUCGAGGGACAGCCAAAUUUAAAUAACAAUUUGACACACAGCUGUGAGGCAUUUGCGAGCUUUUUUGCGGAGAAGGUCCUGUUGCUCCGCCAUGACCUCCCUGCCAAUUUGGAUACAAUAAAGGAACUGGAGGCCCCUCGACUGUCCUCGGGUCCAGUAUUGGACCAUUUUGACCGGAUAUCCCCAGCCGAUGUGGACAGACUCCUCCGAGCUGGAAAGCCCACCACCUGUCCUCUUGACCCGUGCCCAUCUUGGCUGAUUAUAGCGUGUCUAGACGAGGUGCGGGCCCCCCUAGGGGAUAUCAUCAAUUUGUUCCUUGGCACCGGGACAUUCCCAGGGGAAUUGAAGGAGGCAGUGGUGCGCCCACUCUUAAAGAAAACAUCAUUAGAUCCCUUAGAUCUAUCCAAUUACCGCCCGGUUUUGAAUCUUCCAUUCUUGGGUAAGGUGAUUGAGAGAGCGGUUGCUGAACAGCUUGGUGGGUUUCUGGAUGAAACCGGCUCUGGAUCCAUUCCAGUCCGGCUUCCGCUCUGGUCAUGGGACCAAGACAGCUCUGGUCACCCUAACAGAUGAUCUCCGCAGGCAGCUGGAUCGAGGCGGGUCGGGGCUGCUGAUUCUUCUAGACCUGUCAGCAGCCUUCGACAUGGUCGAUCACAAACUUCUGGACCACCGCCUUGCCGACGGCUGGCUUCAAUGGCUGCGCUCGUUUCUCUCUGGUCGGGGACAGAGGGUGGCGCUUGGGGGGGAGUUGUCAUCACGCCACUCCUUGGUGUGUUGAGUGCCUCAGGGUGUGAUACUCUCCCCGAUGCUUUUCAACAUCUUUAUGCGCCCCCUCGCCCAGCUUGUCCGGAGUUUUGGGCUGGGCUGCCAUCAGUAUGCUGAUGACACCCAACUCUAUCUGUUGAUGGAUGGCCAUCCUGACUCGGCCCCAGAUACACUGAUCAGACGUUUGGAAGCUGUGGCUGGAUGGUUACGUGGGAGCCGGUUGAAGUUAAAUCCUUCGAAGACAGAGGUCCUUUGGCUGGGAAGGGACGAUAUGGGUUUUUGGGGGGGCAACUCCCAUCUCUUGCGGGGGUGCAGUUAGUGCCAGCACUGUCCGUUAAGAGUUUGGGUGUAAUCUUUGACACCUCCCUUUCCAUGGAGGCGCAGAUUGCAGCUAUAACAAAGGCGGCAUUUUUUCAUCUCCGCCAAGCUAAGCAGUUGGCCCUUUACCUCUCUCGCCCUGACCUAGCCACUGUGAUCCACGCGACGGUCACCUCCAGACUGGAUUAUUGUAACUCACUCUACGUGGGGCUGCCCUUGAGACUGACCCAGAAACUCCAGCGGGUGCAGAAUGCCGCGGCGAGACUCCUUACGGGGUCCUCGUUGUGAGAUCACAUUCACCCGGUGCUAUACCAGCUGCACUGGCUCCUGGUGGGGUACAGGAUCAGGUUUAAGGUGCUGGUUUUAACCUUUAAAGCCCUAUACGGCCUAGGACUCUUGUACCUAUGGGACCGCCUCUCCUGGUAUGUCCCACAGAGGAACUUAAGGUCUUCAAACAAAAACAUCCUGAAGGUCCCAGGCCACAGAGAGGUUAGGCUGGCCUCAACUAGAGCCAGGGUUUUUUCGGCUGUGGCUCCAAUCUGGUGGAACGCUCUGUCACAAGAGACUAGGGCCCUGCGGGACUUGACAUCUUUCCGCAGGGCUUAAUGGUUGCCAUCAAGUUGAGUUGAAUCAAUUUGAUAAUGAAAUGAUUUUAGAAUGUUGUACUACUUUAUUGUUGUUAGCCGCCCUGAGCCCGGCAUUGGCUGGGGAGGGCGGGAUAUAAAUAAAAUUAUUAUUAUUAUUAUUAUUAUUAUUAUUAUUAUUAUUAUUAUUCCAUGAGGGAGGACUUCCCAUUGCACGAGACCCUUGGAAUUACAUGGGAAAGCUCUGCAGCUUCUUCCUCUGCAAUCUGGUUUGUCAACAUGCUUGGAAAUUCCAUUUUCAACAUUUUCUUCCCACCAGUUCACUUGGGGCAGAUGUUAAACUUUCCUCCAGCCCUCCAGUCCAGAGCCCCAUUUCAUUCGUGGAUUUUGAAUGAUUAAUUUGGCCAUUUUCUAGAAUGGUUUACCAUUUCUGAUAUUCCCAUGGAAUCAUGGAAUAGUAGAGUUUGAGAGGAUCCCAAGGAUUAUCUAGUUCAGCCCCCUGAAAUGCAGGAAUCACAGCUAAACUCGUCAGUUGUUUUAAUUCCUUAGGCCUACAGUUGUUGUCUUUGCAAUUAUUUGUUUCAUCUUUUGCUUGAUAUAAGGAAACAAGAGAUGCUAUGUUAUGGUGAUGUUUUGUAAAAAAGAGUUUCUUAGAGCUAUUGCAGUGUAGCCCAUUAAGCCUGUCCUUUUGGUUCCUCAGAUGUUCAGUCAUUCAGAAAUCUCCAGAGAGAUAAAUUUCACAUGGAGACCCCAAUUCACAGGAGGGGUGGGGACUAGAGUUUCAUGGGGGUCAAGAGUCUCUUCUGCACUGUUGAGAACCAUCCACAGCUAGACUCUAGCCCUGCUGUUUGUGCCACAAAGGCAGAGAGGGUGGAUUUGAAGGUGCAGAAGGAGGGGAGAGAAACUGCCCAGAAGGAUCAGACUGAGCAAGGAAGAGUUUUAUUUCUGCCUAGAGAGAGUUGAGUUGCUUUUCCAUGUCACCUUUUUGAGGCCUAGUUGCCACAUGUCCUCUUUCCCCCGGAUACGUCUUCUUUUUUCAGGAUUAAAAUGUCUGCCUGGGCACAUUUUUCAAAUUUGGCAGAAUAUCCCAAGUUUUUUUUGUUUGUUUUUUUGGUUUACAGUAACCCAUGAAAAGUUUUCUAGUGUGUUAGCCUCAGAUCUAAGGCACCUGGCUAAACUUAUCUGCAGCAGAGAAUUGCGACAGAGCAGCAUCUUAAGCUAGCAAAAUCCCUUUUCUUGUGGCUGAACUAAAAGGACGCUGGCUCAGCUACAAGAUCUUGGAGGAGUUUGGGAGGGCAAGAGUUAAUAUCCCCCUGCCCUUCAGGGGAGUCCAUAUGCAGAUGUUAAACAGUUUAAUAAAUUGUUCUGUGCACACUUAUGUUUACCAAGAUGUGAACAUGAGCCCAAAUACUUUCAUGUGACAAGCGAGGGAGCAAUAGGUAUUCUUCUUUUUCUUUUUUUGUUGAAAGUUAAGAACAUUGCUACUAGCAAUAUGGGACGCGGGUGGCGCUGUGGUCUAAACCACAGAGCCUAGGGAUUGCCGAUCAGAAGGUCGGCAGUUCAAAUCCCCGCAACGGGGUGAGCUCCCGCUGCUCGGUCCCAGCUCCUGCCAACCUAGCAGUUCGAAAGCACCCUUAAGUGCAAGUAGAAAAAUAGUGCACCUUCCAGCGGGAAGGUAAACAGCGUUUCCAUGCGCUGCUCUGGUUUGCCAGAAGCGGCUUAGUCAUGCUGGCCACAUGACCCAGAAGCUGUACGCUGGUUCCCUAGGCCAGUAAAGCGAGAUGAGUGCUGCAACCCCAGAGUCGUCCGCAACUGGACCUAACGGUCAGGGGUCCCUUUACCUUUACUAGCAAUAUAUCACAGCUUGUAUAGCCUACAUAGAGUAGGGGUAUUUAAAAUGGGAGUCAUCAUAGCAAUCUGUAGUUAAAAGUAGAAGUUGGCCAAUGUGUCUUCUUAUUUGCUCUUCAAAAUAUGGCAACCCCACACUUGCCUAUCAUGACUGUCUGGUAACCUUUUGAGUUAUCCCCCUCUUCCCCAGAGAACUAAUCUUACGGUAUAUUGUUGUUUAGUCAUUUAGUCGUGUCCGACUCUUCGUGACCCCAUGGACCAGAGCACGCCAGGCACUCCUGUCCUCCACUGCCUCCCGCAGCCCGGUCAGACUCAUGUUUGUAGCUUCGAGAACACUGUCCAACCAUCUUGUCCUCUGUCGUCCCCUUCUCCUUGUGCCCUCCAUCUUUCCCAACAUCAGGGUCUUUUCCAGGGAGUCUUCUCUUCUCAUGAGGUGGCCAAAGUAUUGGAGCCUCAGCUUCACGAUCUGUCCUUCCAAUGAGCACUCAGGGCUGAUUUCCUUAAGAAUGGAUACGUUUGAUCUUCUUGCAGUCCAUGGGACUCUCAAGAGUCUCCUCCAGCACCAUAAUUCAAAAGCAUCAAUUCUUCGGUGAUCAGCCUUCUUUAUGGUCCAGCUCUCACUUCCAUACAUCACUACUGGGAAAACAAUGGCUUUAACUAUACGGACCUUUGUUGGUAAGGUGAUGUCUUUGCUUUUUAAGAUGCUGUCUAGGUUUGCAAUCGCCUUUCUCCCAAGGAGCAGGCGUCUUUUCAUUUCGUGACUGCUGUCACCAUCUGCAGUGAUCAUGGAGCCCAAGAAAGUAAAAUCUCUCACUGCCUCCAUUUCUUCCCCUUCUAUUUGCCAGGAGGUGAUGGGCCCAGUGGCCAUGAUCUUCGUUUUUUUGAUGUUGAGCUUCAGACCAUAUUUUGCGCUCUCUUCUUUCACCCUCAUUAAAAGGUUCUUUAGUCCCUCCUCACUUUCUGCCAUCAAGGUUGUGUCAUCUGCAUAUCUGAGAUUGUUGAUAUUUCUUCCGGCGAUCUUAAUUCCGGCUUGGGAUUCAUCCAGCCCAGCCCUUCGCAUGAUGAAUUCUGCACAUAAGUUAAAUAAGCAGGGGGACAAUAUGCAGCCUUGCCGUACUCCUUUCCCAAUUUUGAACCAAUCAGUUGUUCCAUAUCCAGUUCUAACUGUAGCUUCUUGUCCCACAUAGAGAUUUCUCAGGAGACAGAUGAGGUGAUCAGGCACUCCCAUUUCUUUAAGAACUUGCCAUAGUUUGCUGUGGUCGACACAGUCAAAGGCUUUUGCAUAGUCAAUGAAGCAGAAGUAGAUGUCUUUCUGGAACUCUCUAGCUUUCUCCAUAAUCCAGCGCAUGUUUGCAAUUUGGUCUCUGGUUCCUCUGCCUCUUCUAAAUCCAGCUUGCACUUCUGGGAGUUCUCGAUCCACAUACUGCUUAAGCCUGCCUUGUAGAAUUUUAAGCAUAACCUUGCUAGUGUGUGAAAUGAGUGCAAUUGUGUGGUAGUUGGAGCAUUCUUUGGCACUUCCCUUCUUUGGAAUUGGGAUGUAGACUGAUCUUCUCCAAUCCUCUGGGCACUGCUGAGUUUUCCAAAUUUGCUGGCAUAUUGAGUGUAGCACCUUAACAGCAUCAUCUUUUAAAAUUUUUAAUAGUUCAGCUGGAAUAUCAUCACUUCCACUGGCCUUGUUAUUUGCAGUGCUUUCUAAGGCCCAUUUGACUUCACUCUCCAGGAUGUCUGGCUCAAGGUCAGCAACCACACUACCUGGGGUAUACGAGACAUCCAUUUCUUUCUGGUAUAGUUCCUCUGUGUAUUCUUGCCUCCUCUUCUUGAUGUCUUCUGCUUCUGUUAGGUCCUUUCCACUUUUGUCUUUUAUUAUGGAAAUCUUUGUACGAAAUGUUCCUUUCAUAUCUCCAAUUUUCUUGAACAGAUCUCUGGUUUUCCCCAUUCUAUUGUUUUCCUCUAUUUCUUUGCAUUGCUCGUUUAAGAAGGCCUUCUUGUCUCUCCUUGCUAUUUUUGGAAAUCUGCAUUCAAUUUCCUGUAUCUUUCACUAUCUCCCUCGCAUUUUGCUUGCCUUCUCUCCCCUGCUAUUUGUAAGGCCUCGUUGGACAGCCACUUUGCUUUCUUGCAUUUCCUUUUCAUUGGGAUGGUUUUAGUUGCUGCCUCUUGUAUAAUGUUACGAGCCUCCAUCCAUAGUUCUUCAGGCACUCUGUCCACCAAAUCUAAAUCCUUAAACCUGUUCCACUGUGUAUUCAUAAGGGAUUUGACUUAGAUUGUAUCUUACCGGCCCAGUGGUUUUUCCUACUUUCUUCAGUUUAAGCUUGAAUUUUGCUAUAAGAAGCUGAUGAUCGGAGCCACAGUCAGCUCCAGGUCUUGUUUUUGCUGACUGUAUAGAGCUUCUCCAUCUUUGGCUACAGAGAAUAUAAUCAAUCUGAUUUCGAUGCUGCCCAUCUGGUGAUGUCCAUGUGUAGAGUCGUCUCUUGUGUUGUUGGAAAAGAGUGUUUGUGAUGACCAGCUUGUUCUCUUGGCAGAACUCUAUUAGCCUUUGCCCUGCUUCAUUUUGAACUCCAAGGCCAAACUUGCCAGUUGUUCCUUUUAUCUCUUGACUCCCUACUUUAGCAUUCCAAUCCCCUAUAAUGAGAAGAAUAUCCUUCUUUGGUGUCAUUUCUAUAAGGUGUUGUAAGUCUUCAUAGAAUUGGUCAAUUUCAUUUUCUUCAGCACCAGUAGUUGGUGCAUAAACCUGGAUUACUGUGAUGUUAAAAGGUCUGCCUUGGAUUCGUAUCGAGAUCAUUCUAUCAUUUUUGAGAUUGCAUCCCAGUACAGCUUUUGCCACUCUUUUGUUGACUAUGAGGGCCACUCCAUUUCUUUUACGGGAUUCUUGCCCACAGUAGUAGAUGUGAUGGUCAUCCGAACUGAAUUCGCCCAUUCCCGUUCAUUUUAGUUCACUGAUGCCCAGGAAGUCAAUAUUUAUUCUUGCCAUCUCAUUUUUUACCACAUCCAACUUACCCAGGUUCAUGGUUCUUACAUUCCAGGUUCCUAUGCAAUAUUUUUCUUUACAGCAUUGGACUUUCCUUUCGCUUCCAGGCAUAUUCGCAACUGAGCGUCCUUUCGGCUUUGGCCCAGCCGCUUCAUCAGCUCUGAAUCUACUUGUACUUGUCCUCCGCUCUUCCUCAGUAGCAUGUUGGAUGCCUUCCAACCUGAGGGGCUCAUCUUCCAGCGUCAUAACUUUUAUAUGCCUGUUGUCUUUGUCCAUGGAGUUUUCUUGGCAGGGAUACUGGAGUGGCCUGCCAGUUCCUGCUCCAGGUGGAUCACGUUUGGUCAAAACUCUCCACUAUGACCUGUCCAUCUUGGGUGGCCCUGCACGGCAUAGCUCAUAGCUUCUCUGAGUUAUUCAAGCCCCUUCGCCACGGCAAGGCAGUGAUCCAUGAAGGGGAAGUGAUCCAUGAAGGGGUUACGGUAUAUAUUAAAUCCAAAAGAGAAGCGUGGAAUAAGGAGUCCUUUGUAAAAUUGCCCUGCCAUCUGCCUCCUCUUCCUUGGCGGCAAGCCCUAGACUUCCAAGAUGGUUGUGAGGAAGGCGCAGGAGAGACCAAGUGGGUGAGAGAGAUGGAGAGCAGGAAUAAACAGGCUCCCCACUUAACGCGAUUUUCACUUGUGGGCACAAGGGCCCAGAACAUAACCCACACGAAAGUGAGGGGGCACCUAUACAGUAUGUGGGGGUUUUUUUGUAUUUUUAUGCUGUCAACCACCCUGAGACCUGUAGAUGAAGGGCAGUAAAGAUAAAGGUAAAGGUACCCCUGCCUGUACGGGCCAGUUGUGACCGACUCUGGGGUUGCGUGCUCAUCUCGCUUAAGAGGCCGGGAGCCAGCGCUGUCCGAAGACACUUCCGGGUCACGUGGCCAGCGUGACGAAGCUGCUCUGGCGAGCCAGCACCAGCGCAGCGCGCGGAAACGCCGUUUACCUUCCCGCUAUAAAGCGGUACCUAUUUAUCUACUUGCACUUAAGGGUGCUUUCGAACUGCUAGGUGGGCAGGAGCUGGGACCGAACGACGGGAGCUCACCCCGCCGCGGGGAUUAUAAUUCGUUUUUGCUGUUGUUGUUAGAAGAGGGGGGUCCUCCUCCCCCACCCCAACCAGAUGUCCCCAAAGGCCAAUUCCCACAGAGAUUGUCAAAGGAAAGCAGCUUCUCUCCUCUCCUGCCUCCUCCAGUUCUCCUCUCUUCCCCCUUACAUAGCACAGAAGAGCUGAGUAAAAGGUUUACUGGGUGGUUUUUCCCCUUAGAAAAUGUCUGGGUUUAGAGAAGGGCAGGAACAAUAUGCAUUGAAUAUAAGAAAGUAAAGGAAACUGAUUUAAAAACCAUCAAGGAAGAUAUUUAUUCUGAUGAGAGUCUGCAAGAAGGAGUCUCAGUCUAGCAUGCGAUGCAAAGAAAUCCCCUUGAUCUGAAAGGGAUUCUGGGGUUUUCGGUUUUUUUAAUGAAGAUGUCCAUUUCUGUCUCUCAGCUGACUCUGCCUAUUCUUCUCUUUCCCUCAUCUUCUCCCCAACAGCAAAUGUCACUCUGGAUCCAGACACAGCCCAUCCCAGCCUCAUCCUGUCCAAGGAUGGGAAAAGCAUGAGAUUGGGAGACAAACCUCAAGCCCUGCCUGAUAAUCCUGAGAGAUUCAGUGACUGGCCUUGUGUGUUGGGACGUGAGGGAUUCACAGCAGGCAGACAUUUCUGGGAAGUCACUGCGAGAAGUGGGGAAUGGUGGGGUUUGGGGGUUGCCAGGGAGUCUGUGGAGAGAAAGGACUAUUUCAACUUCAAUCCUGAGACGGGGGUCUGGGCUGUGGGGAUGUGGGGAGGGGAGUACUUGGCCUUCACCUCCCCUCAUUCCUCUCCUCUGUCUCUGAGUGAGAAGCCCAGGAGGAUCCGGGUGACUCUGGACUAUGAAGGGGGACGUGUGUCUUUUUCUGACGCUGACUCAGGAGCCGAACUCUACACGUUCUCAGGAGCCUCGUUCUCUGGAGAGACCCUCCUCCCUUUCUUUCAUCUAUUGGAUAACAAAACCCCCCUCAGUAUCUCCUGA